AUGGAUGACGCGGGAAAACAUGUUUGGGUUGUUGGUUCAAUUAAUGGAUUGUUUUGUCUUGCGAUUGCGGAAGCUGAAAUGUUUAUGUGGAAUCUGUCAAUUAGGAAGUUCAAGCAGUUUCCUAAUUAUAGACUUCAUACUAGUCACAUAUAUGGUUUUGUAUAUGACGAAUUUCGUGAUGAUUAUAAGUUUUUGAACGGGAAGCUAUAUUGGCCCGCUAAUGUUGCUGGACUAGAUACAUCGGUUGAUUGGGAAAGUCAUGCAGAUGUGUGGGUUAUGAAAGAGUUUGGGUCAUUGAAGAAAAUGUAUGCCAUCAAAUAUCCUGCUGAUUUUUACAAACGCUUCUUUACUUCUGGUUUUCGUCCUGUUAUUUUUCCGACACUAUGUAUGUCAAACAAAGGUGAAAUAUUGAUUCUGUCUAAAUCAACUUACCUGAUAUACAAUCCGAAGGAUGAAUCG